GGACAACGUCAACAACGCUAGGGAGACGGUGGGAGAAGGCCGCGGCGGGAUUUUCGGCGGAGGGGGCGGGUCGACCCGCUGGACAACUGGACGAUUUCCAAUAAGUAGGAAAGCCGCGCUACCACUGCCGGUAGAUACCAAAGAAUCCGCGAGGACCGGCUCGGCGAUGACCUUCGACGCGAAAUCAAAAGUGCGCCGGUUCCAGCUGCUGGCUCAGUGAUACGCUGCUCGCCAGCGUGCAUUCAGAGCGUUGUAGUGCUUCCGGGACGUUACCUCACAUUUUUCUGGUCAUAAACACAGUCGGAUAGGAAUACGCAGCAGUGCGCUUUACUUGAUACACACACACACACACACACACACACACACACGUGGUCGAUCCGCGCGCGGCUAGUGAUGCCGAAGAUGUGUCGCUGGACGACGGUGCUUCUGUGGUGCCUCUCGAUCACGUCGUUGUCGCGCUCGGAGCUGUUCAGCGCCGAGAAGUUCAGGUUAUACGCGAGCUUCCUGAACUUGGGCCUGCCGAAAUCCGCCAACGAGACGGGAAACGAGCUCUGGCACGGGCUCUUCAGGGACUGCAGCAAGAGGGUGACGUUCUCCUGCAUACAAAAGAACGCGUACAGCUACCUGGACGACGCGUUUAUCGAGCGCGACAACAUCACGGUGUUCGACGGGCUGACACUCACGCGAAACAACGUCACUUACGAGGCGACGUGUCCGAGGACGUCAGAAGACCAGCGUAACGAUGUCCGCGAGAAUCUCGUGGACGACAUCGGCCUGGAUGACUGCACCGACCGAGCGGAAGAGACGAGAAGCGACGAGGAAGCGAACGCGGGGCAAGGUCGAAGGCUCGAGGACGAGCCGAAGUCACCACUCGAGGAGAUUACGAACGCGCUGCGACGAAAGGCGCUCAAGUUCCUGUCGACUCGCAACUACGAGCUCGAGCUGCCUCGGUUCUUCGAAGGUGCCACCGUGAAGAUCAGCCCGCGCGAGGUCGACGAGAACGGGGCUCUCCUCAGGCUGGACUUUGGCACGCGGGAGGUCGCGGAGCAGGGACGGAUCUUCAAGAAAAUCAGAAAAUUCAUACAGAACAAAUUAUUGACGAGCUUCUUGGCGCUCCUCCUGAUCAUCAAGCUGAUCAAGGUGAAGUUCAUGUUCGUCAUCCCGUUCCUCUUCGGCGUCGGCACCGCGAAGAAGCUCUUCCUGAAGCUGCUGCUCUUCUUCAUCCCCGCCUUCGCGCACAUCUUCAAGCUCUGCUCCAGCUACCACGCCAGUCACGCCACCAAGUUUCACCACCACCACCAUCAGAUCGCGCAUCACCAUCACCACGUGCCGGUGCCGGUGCCGCUCCCCGCGUACUACGACCAUCCCCACCAUCACCAUCACGACGUCGACUUUGACGGCUACGAUUACGCUCAUCCGCACAUUCAGUACCGAAAGGACAUGGAGGAGCUGAAGGAAUGGGGCAUCGAGCCGUACCACGAGCCGUACGAGGACUCGAGUCAUCUGAAUCGCGUACCAGCUACCAGCUCCGCGUAUCAAAGCUCGUACGGGCUACCGCAAUACGCGACGAACGUCAAGACGACCUUCCUGGACAAUUCGGUGUCGGCUAACGCGCACAACCUGGCCUACUCCGGGUAUCUCAACGACUUGAAGUACCGGCGGCCAGGCACUCAACAGCAGUCGGCGCUGUCGGUGAAUCCGCACCUCUCUGUGAACCUGAAGACGCCGCUGGCGAACUUGAAGAACCCGUACGCGGCUUUCGUGCCGAACGCUCGACCGGAGCAGCCGCAGCGACUGCUGACCCCCGUCGCGGCGGCCAAGAGCGCGAGCGUGCCGGUCUCGCCGCAAGAAACCGACGACGAGUAUUACGGGCCGAUAAUCGCACGGCUGGACGACAUCUUCGGGCAGCUGAGGUUCUACGAAGAGUCGUGCCGAGAGAGGCUCGUCUGCAGCAUGUACAAGAACCCGGCGGUCUACUCACCGCACAGCAACCUCGUGUCCAACGAGCUCUCCAGGGACCCGCAGGAGCUGAAGCGCGGCGUGACGGAGAGCGCGUCCAGCCACAGGUUCCAGCGGUACACGAACGCGGCCAGACGCGGCCAGGACGGCGGAGACUGCCUGCACAAGUACCCCUGCCACGUGAACACCGAGUAGACGGCGCGCCGUGAUGAACAUGGAACUUCUGCCGACGUGUCGCGCGCACCCGCAAUCAGAACCCGCGACAGCUGUUGCCGGUCCCCCGCGGCGCCGACAGUACUGUCGGACGCGUAUAUUUGCUCAACCGGGGUCCGAGCUGGAGGGACCACGCGCCGCGCAACUUGAGCGCGGCGGGGACCGACGGUCACUGCCAUGCAUUAAUUUACACUUCCGUUUGUAACCUGCGAAUUCACCUACCUGUCUGCACCGGGAGACCGCGUCCGCGGACCGUCGUCUCGUCGGCGAGGAUGUGGGUGCCAUCGCGUCGUAGCGAUUAACGUAGUCGUAAGGAACCGGGGCCUUGUUUCGGACGCCUGUUUCGCGAGCGCUGGCUGUGAUAUGCCUCUCUCAAGUUCUCUUCUGAAGCGGAUUUGGAGUUGAUGGAAGGAAUGGUUUGUCGGAGGCAUAUUUCACGGAGGCCGCUGUGUGUUCGAGAUAAGGCCCUUGAUCGGCACGUUGGGUGUGAUAUUUAUUUGCGCUUCAUGUCGGUUUGUCCUUCUCUUCUUUCUUUCUCUUUUCUUCUGGUUGAUUCAGAGGCCGGAUACGUCGAUUCAGAGGAGGAUACGUCGAUACGAAUGAAGUCGUCGGAUUUUGCGAUGACGCGUCAAAGUUCCUGCUCUGUUGACACGUUAUCGGCAAGAUCGCCGUCUUCGGAGAUGAGCACUGACGAGCUCAGUCGUUGGAUUAAGGGGCAUUUUAGGGGCUGGAUACGCGCGUUGUAAUUGUUGACUCAGCGUGCGGAGUAUUGCGGAAAAGAAUGAGAGGAAUUUCGUUGAUUCGGUCAGGUUUGGACCGAAUAUAGAGUGGAAUAUAAAGAAUAGAAGCGGAGUGUGCGAGAUGUGGGUGUAUGUGUGCGCGUGUGUGAGUGUAUAUGAUACGGAAACAAAUGGAGAAGAGUCGCGUCUCUGACGGACGUAGAUCUGUGUGCUUGUCUCUUCUGGAUUGCAAAUAAUCGAUUGCUGUCACAUAAUACAUCGGGGUGCCAUACCCAAAAAUAAUUGCGUUUUACUUAACAUUACUCUCCUUAGCUUUAACCUUAGUAAGAAACGUGUAGUGUAAAAAGUAUAAAAAUAAGCAGUUUCAACUGUUCAAUAAGAACUUUCAACAGUUUUGUAGCGUUGUUGUGUAUCCAUAGCGUUGACGCAAUAAAAAUGCUGA